AUGUUAAUUUUUCUAUUUUGCAUUGCAUAUUUAUGAUUUUAUAUGCCUAAAUGCUGGUCUGGCGUUGGCUUUCCGGUUGAAAGGGGCGUGGGUGCGAGUGGGUGGUUGGGUGGGUUGGUCUAGGCAUGUAAAUCGUUUAACUACGCUUCAGCUGUAGCCUUGAAGGGAGCUUCGUGUUCGAAGGUCGCUUGCAAAUCGGUUGAGCUCUCUGCAGCUGAAAUGAAUGCAAAUUAAUAGUGUUGAAAAGCUUUGAGUUCUUAAGCUGGUUGCAUUAACGGUUUAAUGAGCGCAUACAUAUGCAUGCAUAUACAUACAAACAACAUACAUAGAAUAUAUAUGUACAUAUGAAUGUAUAUGUAUGCAGAUCUAAGCACACAGUCACACAAGCUUCUGCCGUUAGGGGCGCUUUUGUGCGUGCGUGCAUGUGAACAGCCAAUGGACACACCUGAUGAUUUUUUGUGUAAGUGUGUGUGUGUGUGUAUUGGGAAGAGUAUUUGUUGGCAGGCCAACGCGACAAUGGCACAGACAUUAUCAAUGCCAUAUACGUACAUACACAUGUACACAUUUGCAUAGAAACAUACAUGCAUACAUAUGCAUGCAUGUGUAUUCAUCGUGAAUGUGUAUGUACAUAUGUCAGUUUGUAAUGUCUGGGUGCAUAACGGCUUGUUAUUUUGUUACUCAUCAUUAUGCAUACCACUUGCACUCCUUCGCCUUCUCUUCCUCUCUAGCAGGUUAACAGACAAGAAACAGCUCAACAUAUCGAUAAAUACAUAGAGAGCAAACAGUGGAUAUCCCUUUAACAUUAACAACAACAACAGCAACAACAACACAAGCAACAGCAUCGAUUCUAACAGUUUGGUGCUGACUGCGCUGCUGCUGUUGGCAGCGGGCAGCGUACAAUGAACUUUCUUAUGCAGUGUGCCCAAUAACACACACAUACACACACGCGUACACUCACUAUAGAUGCAUAACGGUUGGCAGCGUCGACGGCGGCAGCAAUGGCCACAACGAUGUUGACGUUGGGAGCGAGGACAACGAAGCAGUUGACAAUUGAGAAUCAAAUGCGCUAACAGUUAAUUACGCACACAUAUUUACACAUAUUUGGAAAGCGAUAUGUCCGCACUAUGGUUUCCGUUUUCGGCAUGCAACAACCAGGAACAACAGCAACAACAACAACAACAACAACCACAAGAAGCACUCAGCAGAAUCCGUGCCUGCUGUUUGUCGUUGUUGCGGCACAUUUAGGCUGAGACACACACACACACACACACGCGCGCGCGCACACGCACACGUACACAGAAAUUGCAUUUGAAAACCAAUUUUGAAAAAGCACACAACAUUUUGCAAAAGCAAAAAGAAUUCAAAUUAUGGGCAGCCUGCCGAAUCUGCAUGAACUGGAGGAGGCGGAGCGUAAACGCGAGAAGCGCAGGGAGUACGAGCUGCUGCUGGAGCAGCGCGCCAGGGACACCAGUCGGGAACGCGAGCGCCUGUCGCAGUUCGCUCAACAGCGCAAGCAAUUCUCCUACAAUGCUUACAUUAUGGCUGGCCUGGGCAUUGGCGGCGGCGUCGGCGGCGGCUCGCUGUGUCUUACGGCAGCCAAUGGGCAUGGCAAUGGGGAGCUAGCCAGCGUCAAUGGCAUAAAAACCCAAUCUCUUGCCGAAACAACAACAACAACAACAACAACAGCGGCGACAACAACGGCGACAACAACAACACAAGCGACAGGAACAACAACGUUGAGCGGCUUUGCCAUGCUGGGUCUGGCCGGCAGCUUGAUGAGCGCCAAGAAAUAUCCGCAUCCUUACCAUCAGCACACGCAUCCGCAUCCGCAUACGCAUCCGCAUCAUCAGCAUCGACAUUCGCUGACCACACGGCAUCGCGUGCUGCGCACCCGGACACGCAGCUCCGGCGGUCCGCAUAACGUUUGGGACGACCAAUUGAUGGAGCAUAUGACCGGCUACUCGCCGUCGCCGAUCUCGACGCGUUCGCAUCGAAUAAAUCCCGUGUCCUCGUACCAGGUGCAGGCCGCGUUGGCGGCAUCGCGACGCCGCGAAUCGAUAAACAGCUCCAUUGGGGCGACCUCGAUCCGGCGGCUGAUCACGCUGAACAACCGCAACUGCCGGCACAAGGUGCCCGCCCAUGUCCGGCAGAGAGUGUGGCGCCAGUUCAGCUGCCUGAGCAUCGCCCACGGCCUGAUGAGCGCCGUCCUGCUGCCGGUGAUGGCGCUGCAGGGUUCCAGCUCUGUGUGGCAUCAUCGCGAACAGUGGCUGCCGCUGGGCCCCAACAUUGGAUCGCUUCUGCUGAGCGCCCUCUUUCUGCUGGCCGCCGUCCUCAGUGUGCCGGGCACACGGCUAAUACGCCGCUUUGGCUAUAUGCCGCUGCUGGCGGCCAACUCGUUGGCGGUGUCGCUGUUCCUGCUGGCGCAUCUGUACGCCUCCAUCUAUACGCUGCUGCCGGCGUAUUUGGUGCUUGGUAUUACGCUGAGCGCCGCCAACAGCUGCAAGGCGGCGCUCAUUGUGCACUUUGGCGGCAAGCUGAGCUGCGCCCAGCACGAGUGCCCGCUGGUCGGCACGCAGACGCAGACCCAGACGCUGACGCCGUCGGAUGCGUUGCACGAGGAGCACAAGAUGUUCUGCAAUCGGGAUCAGAAGGUGCGACGGCUGGCGCGCUGGUAUCGCGCCGCCCAGGAUCUGGGCCUGAUUCUGGGCGCCUUGCUGGCCUCGCUGCUGCUCGCGUGCAAUGCCAACGAUUGGAACUGCUCGGCGGGCACCGUUGAAGCGCUGCCAAAUGGAACGGAGCCCCCGCCGGAGGACUAUUACAAUCGCAACGAGCACAACGAACGCAUUUGUGGCGCGGACAUGUGCCCGCUUCAGCUGCAGCAGCUCAACUGGCCGGCGAACAGCACACGCUCGAUAUACGCGGGCUUCAUUGAGAGCGGCGAUCGCGCCGGCGGCCAGUCCCUGCUCUGGCUGUACGAGCUGCUGUCACUGUUGGCGCUGAUGUUGUCCAUGCUGCAGGGACGUCGACUGCUGGCCGUGACGGGACGGCACGAGCGUGUCGUCAAGGAUGUCACGGAUACGCUGCUGUUUGCCGGUCCCCUGGCGUAUUUCAUCGGCACCGAGCAGGGCUAUAUGCUGGGCGAUUUUUUGCGCGCCUUUGUCUCCUGCUCGCUGGGCAUUAGCAUGAUACCGGGCGCCCUCAUCGGCAUGGGCCUGAUGCAGCUGAUCGUCUCCUGCACGCUUAGCAUGCUGCUGCGGCACACCAAACGCAUUGUGGUCAUAUUGGCUGGUUUCUUCUUUCAUUCAUGCUUGCUGCUGGCGCUGUCCAGCUGGAAGCCAUCGAGCGAUGACAGCGCCCUCUUCUAUGUGAUAGCCGCCUCGUGGGGCGCCUGCAAUGGCAUGUGGGAGACGCUGCUCCUGUCGCUGAUCACCCUCAAUCAUGUCCAGCACGAUCAGGUCACGGAGGUAAAUGCAUCGCUGCAAGCGCUCCGCUUUCUUGGCCUGGCCAUCACGUUUGCGGCGCACGGAUUCCUCUGCGAAUCGGUGAAGAUCAUUGCCCUGGUUGUGCUGCUGGUGAUCUGUGUGCCGCCGUAUGCGAUGCUGGAGAUGCGACUGGAGGCGCAGCGGAAGGCGACGCUCAUCAGCUUAUGACGCAGCUACUUCAGCUAGUCCAGGGGGGGGCGGGGCACUGUGGCACGUACGCACACCAUGUAGAUGUGGGCGAGCGGAGCCACAGGCCGAGCGACUGAGAAAGACAGGAUAACAGCAAGGACACCCAUCCAACGGACACGGAGCCGAGCCCCCAGGCGUGCCGCAGUCCUGCCAAUCUAACCAGUAUUUAAAGAGACACGGAGCGAGAGGAAGGAAGAGCGAGGUAGGGCGAAUGAGAGGUAGGAAUAGCUCUUGCAAUAUUUGAUUUUGUAUGCCAAAGAUUUCCACCCAGCUCCAGACUUGGAACAUUUGGAGCACUUAGUCCAAACCAAAAGCUAGACCCCAAGUCCAUAACUGUUAACUGUCUAUAUACCUAUAUAUAUAUGUUAUUAUAUAUAUGUAUUGUAUAUCCAUAAUAUAUAUCUUAUUGUAUCUAUUAAUCUAAUCAAAACAUGUGCCAGUGCCAACAAUGUUGUUCCAAAUCCUUACGAAAUUUGGACUAGACAAGUCCACAGCCUAUCUGAUUAGUUAACGCAUAUAUCUAUAUAUAUAUCUGUAGGAUAAUUAGAAGCGUUCCUCUGGUCAGUUACCAAUGGAUAAUGCUAAGGCUUAGCUUGAAGAAUUAUGAUUGGCAUUUUUAAGCGCAACAAAUAUGUCCUAAAUAUUGCUCGAUGUUAAUGUAAAGCGUGACUACUCUCUAGAUGCUAGAUACAACAAAAUAUAAGAAAAGCCACGCGUUCUGUAUUUCGCUUUCGAUUCAAUUUGGUCUACGCGAAAAUAUAAUCGAUUGAUUGCAGCUCAGAGCAGGCCCCAUAAAAAUAUAAAGUAUUAUCUCAAUGGGAUCCAAAACCAGAAAAGGUCAAAUUCACUCUUUAAGAAAUCGAAUAAAAAUAAAAGACAACUAUGUAUAUUGUUUUGAAAUGGAAUCGAAAACGAAAUCGAGAACAGAACAAGAUUUAAUGCGGCUCAUAAGAAAAAAAAAAAA